GCAGCCAUGCUGGAGAGCAUAGCGGUGGCGGGCAUCUGGACCAGGGAGCGUCGCAGGGCGGCCAACCUCAACCAAGAAGGCGACGACACCUGCGCGAGAUGCGGCGAGGCGAUAGAGACAGAGGAACAUCGCUACUACGCAUGCCCUGCCAACGCAGAGAUAGGGCACAGCAAUGGCACCGACCUGGCGAAGAAGGCGAAGGACGCGCUGGACCAGCGGCAAGACCUGCACUUCUGGCUCCGAGGCAUCCCGCCAGCGGCCUGGGCAGCCAAGGUCGACCCAGACGAGGACGCGGCGAAGGCGGCGCAGAUCUUCUGCACCAGCGAAGAGGCUCAGGCGGCAGCCCAGUCAGGGUACAAGGUUCGAGCAGACUAUGUCUUCACGGACGGCUCAGGUGGUGCAGGGGAAACGGCCAAGGACCCCCGCCUCAGACGCUGCGGCUGGGCAGUGGUGGCCUUCAGGUUCGACGAACAAGGACGUCCGCAGGAAGUGGCCGCCUGGUACGGCACGAUCAGGGCACCGCACACGGUGCCACGGGCAGAGCUCACCGCCAUGAGCAAAGCCAUCGGGUACACCACGGCGGCGACAGCCAGGGGGCUCAACAUAGUCAGCGAUUGCAAGUACGCCCUGGACGCACUCAAGCAGAUCCAGGAUCCUGAGGAUCUGGACUACAGGAGCACGAACUACGACCUGGCUCCAGACGAAGCAGCAGCUGCAGAACAGCACGGAAACGAGAUGGCAGACAAGUACGCAGGCUGGGGAGCGGAGCAUGGAGCACUGGAUCCAGCCAUCAUCGCGCAGCAGCAGAUCAGGGACCAGAUCACCACGGCGGUGCAAAACCGGCUGCUGGCCAUCAACAUGGCGGUGGCGGUGGAGGACCCCAACAAGGACCAGCACGGCAACGUCAGGCUCGACUUCAAGGCGGUGCAGAUCGGCACGCAGGUGGUGCACGUCUCCCACAAGACGCAGUUCACCCAUGGCUGGCUCUGGUGCGAGAAAUGUGGCGGCACCAGCUACCUUGGGGACCACAAGAGCAGCCAUCCGCACUCUGUCGUCCACGCCAGCUGGAGGCUCGUGGACCACAUGGAGGGCUACGCGGAGCAGUGGAUGAACAUGGUCGACCAAGAGGUCUGGGACGACAUGGACGACUGGAUGGAGCACUGCGUACCGUACCUCCUGGCCAUCACCAAUGUGGGUGGCGGAACGGACACGCAAGAGCAGACCAGGGCCGUCACCGUGCAGGAGCUUCAGCAGAUCAAGGACUUCCGCGAAGAAGUCUGGCGCAACACGCACCGCACGCGACGGAGGCUCAUGACCAGGAUGCUUACCCUCCCGUACGGUACAAGGCAGCAGGCAGCAAGAGUGCACAUGGACGCCUUCCAGAACAGAAGGAACAACAUCCUAGCGCACAGCAUCCCCAGCAGCGAGCGCAGGCCGCUGCCGAGAACAGCGGAGGCCAGCCGAGAGUGGUCACCAGAGAACCUGGACGAUGAUGACCCGACCCCAGACAGUGAAGCCCCAGAGCUGGAGGGUGAGCCGAGCAACCAGGAGAUGGAGACCAUGGCUGGACCCGAUCAGAGGCACGACGCCAACAGCCUGAUGCAGACGGCUGUGCAGGUGGCAGUAACGCUGACCAAGCCAGCGGGGCCCGACCUGAUGAAGUUCGUGAGCGAAGCCGAUGAGGCCGGCCUGCUCCACCCAAGGCUUCGACACAACAAAGGAGAAGCUGACCAGGACCCCGAGCAGGAGGUGGCGUGGCUCGAGAGGAACAGGCUCGAGCAGCUCAUGCAGUCGCUGGCAGGCUGCUGGAGCCAGAAAGAGGGCGAACAGGGCUGGCCAUCGUGGCAGGCUGCGUGCGUGCCCCAUGUGCUGAGGGCGCUGCAGACUGGCGUCUACCAGAGGCUGUUCAGCAACGUGUCAGGGCCGAGCCGCCAGCGCAGCCAGCGCCGAGCGGCGGAGGAGAUCUGCCGCCUGGCAUGGCUCAACAGCGGAGAGGCGCGCAGGCAGAUCCAGCAGCAGGACCCGAAGGAGGCAGAGCGGCGCAGAGCAAUGGCUGAGCAGUUCCUGGGCGUGACUGAGCCAGUGGUGAGGAGCCGCAGACGGAGCACCAUGGACAUGGCAGACCUCGACCACUUCCUUGAAGAGGAGAACAGCGAGGAUUGCCUCCAGCAGCCCGUAGACAAGCAGGACAGCGAUGACAACCACCAGCAGAUCCCAGAUGUACAGCACAGCAUAGGGUACCACCUGGCAGACCGCAGAGGACCUCGCAACUAA